AUGGAGUUUACACCAGUUAGUGAGAGAAUUGCAGCAAUCAGAAUAGCAGGAAAACCGUUUAACCUGAGUAUUAUCCAUGCUUAUGCCCCCACAAGCGAAUGCAGUGAUGAUAUGAUCGAAGACUUUUAUGAAGAUCUAGAAAAACUUUUAAAGACAAUCCCCAGGAAAGACAUAUUAGUAGUUCAAGGAGAUUGGAAUGCAAAGAUUGGGACGGAUGCUUACGAAACAUGGAAAAGAACAACUGGAAAGUUUGGAUUUGGAGAAACAAACGAAAGAGUGGUAAAGAAACUCUGUGAUACUCAGAUUGUUGAAAUAAAACGAAAACCUGCAAAUGUAAUUGAAGACAGCAAAGGCAAAUUAAUAACAAAAGUUGAUGAAACAACAAAGAGGUGGAAGGAAUAUUGUGAGGAACUGUACAACUAUGAGAUAGAAAAGGAUUUGCAAGUAUUAGGCGAGUCAGUACAAGUAGAUGAUAUGAGAGAAGAGAUUUUACUAUCGGAGGUAGAGAUUGCGAUUAAAGAAUUAAAAAAGGGCAAGGCACCUGGUGUGGAUAACAUCCUAGCGGAACUAUUACAAUUUGAUGGAGAAGUGACAGCAAAAGUACUUCAAAAGCUAUGUAACACAAUAGCGGAGGACAAAAAAUGGACAAGUUUUGCUUAA